AUUUUAAUAGAUAUCAAUUGAAGUCGAAACUCCUACCCAGAUAUCUUUAAUUGAUGAAGCAUCGGGUGAGAAGGAAGAGAUUGUUGUGACUCUCUUACCAGCUGGUCACUGCCCAGGAUCAGUUAUGUUUUUAUUUCAGGGCGAUAAUGGAACUGUCUUGUACACAGGGGACUUCAGACUGGCGAAAGGAGAAGCUGCCAGAAUGGAGCUUCUGCACUCUGGGGGCAGAGUAAAAGACAUCCAAAGUGUAUAUUUAGAUACUACUUUCUGUGAUCCAAGAUUUUAUGAAAUUCCAAGUCGGGGGGAGUGUUUAAAUGGAAUUCUAGAGCUGGUUCGAAGCUGGAUCACUCGGAGCCGGUACCAUGUGGUGUGGCUGAACUGCAAAGCAGCUUAUGGCUAUGAAUACUUAUUCACCAACCUCAGCGAGGAGCUCGGAGUCCAGGUUCAUGUGGAUAAACUGGAUAUGUUUAGAAACAUGCCUGACAUUCUUCAUCAUCUUACAACAGACCGUAGCACUCCCAUCCACGCAUGCCGGCACCCAAAGGCAGAGGAAUAUUUUCAGUGGAACAAAUUACCCUGUGGAAUUACUUCCAAAAAUAGAAUUCCACUCCAAACAAUUAGUAUUAAGCCAUCUACCAUGUGGUUUGGAGAAAGAACCAGAAAAACAAAUGUCAUUGUGAGGACUGGAGAGUGUUCAUACAGAGCUUGUUUUUCUUUUCAUUCCUCCUUCAGUGAGAUUAAAGAUUUCUUGAGCUACAUCUGUCCUGUGAAUGCAUAUCCGAAUGUCAUUCCAGUAGGCACAACUAUGGAUAAAGUUAUAGAAAUCUUAAAGCCUUUAUGCCGAUCUUCCCAAAGUACUGAGCCAAAGUAUAAACCACUUGGAAAACUGAAGAGAGCUAGAAUAGUCCACCUAGACUCAGAGGAGGAAGAUGAUGAUCUCUUUGAUGACCCUCUGCCAGUACCUUUAAGGCACAAGGUUCCAUACCAGGAAACUCUUCACUCUGAGGUAUUUUCAAUGACUACAGUGUCACAAAACCAGCCUGAAGAGCUGAGACAAAGCCAAGACUUCUGCAAAGCAGAGAGUAUGCAGAGCUCCCUUUUGACCAACUUUGUAGACUGUGAAGAAUCCAAUAGUGAAAGUGAAGAAGAAUUAGAAGUUCCAGCUUCACUGCAAGGAGAUCUGGGCCCUAUAACACUUCACCAGCAAAAGGCUGAUACGGAUGUACCACAGUGGGAAGUAUUUUUUAAAAGAAAUGAUGAAAUCACAGAUGAGGGUUUGGAAAACUUCCCUUCCUCCACAGAGGCAGGGGUAUCUCAGUCACCAAAGCUUUUCAGUGACUCAGAUGGAGAUUCAACCCACAUCUCCUCCCAGAAUUCUUCUCAGUCAACACACAUAACAGAACAAGGAAGUCAAGGCUGUGACAGCCAGCCUGAUACUGUUUUGUUAUCUUCCCAAGAGAGAAACAGUAGGGAUAUUAGCUCCUUGAACAAAGAUGAAUACAGACCAAAGAUCAAAGAGUAUAUUCCUGCCUCUCAGAUGGAACAAAAUGUCCUUUGCCCAAAGGAUACUUACUCUGAUUCAAAAAACAGAGAUCAAGAUGUAACUAUAGUUCCUAGUGUUGGAGAACCAACUACUAUAAGUGCUGGGAAACAUGUACUUGAGGAAAAAACGUUGCUAAAUUUUAGCACAAAUGCAGAUUCACAGAGCUCCUCUGACUUUGAAAUUCCCUCAACUCCAGAAGCUGAGCUACCUAAACAAGAACAUUUACAAUAUUUAUAUGAGAAGCUGGCAGCAGGUGAGAGUAUAGUAGUUGAAAAAAGAAAAUGCUCAUCCUUAGAUAUUUAAGAAUUUAAAACAUUUCAUCCUGGAGGUAUCACUAAAAAACCUAUAUAAAGAGAUAAUAGUCAAGAUCAUAAUAGAUAAUUUAACAUGGAAUACUUAAAAAUGCUCAUAUAACCUAAGAGAAGGCAGUAAAAGGGAAACAGAAGAAUAAAAAAGAGGGAACAAAGUAAAUAAGAUGGUAGAACUAAAUGUAAACAUACCAAUAAUUACAUUAAAUGUAAAUGGUCUAAACACAUCAAUGAAAAGACAGACUCAGGGGAAGAAUAACCCACGUACCUAUGUGCUGUCUACAAGAAAGUCAGUUCAAAUGCAGAAGUAGGUUAAAAACAAAAGGAUAUAAAAAAGACCAAUUAAAAGAAAGCAGGAGUAGCUAUACGAAGUUACCUUAAAAAGUUCACAGAAAGGUUUGCAUUAUCUUUUAAUUCUAUUUGAGAAACUUUUUCCAGUACCCACGUAUUAAUAUCCAACAAUUUCCUAAUGAUGAAAGUCCAGUUCACCAAGAAGACACAAGGAUCCUAAAUGUGUAUGCACCUAACAACAGCUUCAAAAUACAUGAAGCAAAAAUAAUUGAAAAGAGAGAGACAAACUAAUGCACAAUUAUAGUUAGGGGCUUUAAUUUCCCGCUCCCAAUAAUAGAACUAGUAUAUCCAUACAGAAAAUCAGCAAGAACAUAGAAGAGCUGAACAUCAUCAUCAGCCAACUGGAUCUAACUGACAUUUAUAUUCUACCCAAUAGCAGCUGAAUACAUCUCUUCAAGUGGCAUAAAAACACCUGGGUCAUAAAAACACUUCAUUUAAAUUGAAAGCAUAAACUUGAUCUAUUACAAUAAACUGAUGGUUACAGGAAAAAUCAGCAACUUAUCUCGAAAGAUGCUAUAUCACUUAAGAACCUUGGUGCGAGUACAGUGGUACAGUUAAAACUAAUUAGGACAUGAAAGAAAAUAAUUAAGAAUUAAAUGGCUAAAGCAUGUGUGUA